AUGAGUUCCUAUUUUGUCAACUCCACUUUCCCGGUAACUCUGCCUGGUGGGCAGGAACCCUUCCUAGGACAGAUCCCCCUGUACUCCUCCGGCUAUGCGGAUCCUUUAAGACACUAUUCUGCAGGCUAUGGGGCCUCUGGAGUGCAGGAAAAGGGCUAUGCUUCCUCCUCUUAUUACCAGCAGGCGAAUGGAGCCUACAGCCGGACAGGGGCUUGUGACUAUGGCGCAGCCGGAUUCUAUAGGGACAAGGAGGCUUCCUGUGCCAUGUCCUCCCUGGAAGAGCAGACGCAGUACAGCCAUGAGCAGCGCAAACCGGACUGUGCACACACCAAGCUGCUCUAUGACGACCAGGACGACGCCAAGGGCUCCACACCCGUCUACCCCUGGAUGCAGAGGAUGAACUCCUGCAAUAGUUCAGUAUUUGGGCCCAGUGGAAGAAGAGGAAGACAGACCUACACCAGAUACCAGACUCUGGAGCUGGAAAAAGAGUUUCACUUCAACCGCUACCUGACCAGGAGGCGCAGGAUCGAGAUCGCCCACUCCUUGUGCCUGACUGAGCGACAGAUAAAGAUCUGGUUCCAGAACAGAAGGAUGAAAUGGAAAAAGGAGAGCAAAUUACUCAACUCUUCCCUACCGAGCGCAGGAGAGGACGAGAAAAGCGCAGAGUGA